GUGGCAUGGGGAGGCAGAUGAAACAAAUGUUUAAUAAAUCGUAACCACUAAUCCAUGGUGUUCCAAUACUUUUGUCUGCUGUUGCUUCGCACUUGAAUUGAAGUUCAGUAGAAAACCCACAAGAGAGAAAAAAAAUGUCGACGGAGCCAUUGGAUUCCGAUUCGUUCAAGCCCUACACACUUUCCCAAACCCUAAGCGGCCACAAGCGCGCCCUCUCCGCCGUCAAAUUCUCCUCCAACGGCCGCCUCCUCGCCUCCUCCUCCGCCGACAAGACCCUCCGCACCUACGCCUUCACCAACUCCGACUCCGAUUCCGACAGCCUAACGCUGUCGCCUAUGCAGGAGUACGAGGGCCACGAGCAGGGCGUGUCGGAUCUUGCCUUCUCCUCGGACUCCCGCUUCCUCGUGUCGGCGUCGGACGACAAGACUCUCCGGCUGUGGGACGUGCCGACGGGUUCGCCGAUAAAGACACUUCAGGGUCACACCAAUUACGUGUUCUGCGUCAACUUCAAUCCACAGUCCAACAUCAUCGUAUCCGGUUCCUUCGACGAGACCGUUAGGGUUUGGGAUGUUAAGUCGGGGAAGUGCCUCAAGGUCCUACCCGCUCACUCCGACCCCGUCACCGCCGUUGAUUUCAAUCGCGACGGUUCACUCAUCGUGUCUAGCAGUUACGAUGGUCUCUGCAGGAUUUGGGAUGCUUCCACUGGCCAUUGUAUGAAGACUCUGAUCGAUGAUGAGAACCCUCCUGUUUCCUUUGUUAAAUUUUCCCCUAAUGGCAAGUUUAUUCUCGUUGGAACCUUGGACAACACUCUGAGACUUUGGAACUAUUCAACUGGGAAGUUUCUGAAGACUUAUACCGGUCAUGUUAAUUCAAAAUACUGCAUUUCAUCCACUUUUUCUAUAACGAAUGGGAAAUAUGUUGUUGGCGGCUCAGAAGAUAAUUGUAUAUACUUGUGGGAGCUGCAGACACGGAAAUUAAUGCAGAAACUGGAAGGUCAUUCCGAUACCGUUGUGUCUGUGUCAUGUCACCCUACAGAGAACAUGAUUGCUUCCGGUGCUCUUGGCAAUGACAAAACUGUGAAGAUCUGGACUCAACAGAAAGACUAAUUUGAUUUGGACUCUUGGUUAAUGUUCCAAUAGAUUAGUUAAAGUUGAGUUAUGAGUAACUGACUUGUGAUGAUACUUUUAGCUCAUUUUGCAGUUGAGGAUUUUUGUUAACAAACUUUGUAGCUUUUGCAGUUGAGAUCACUCUUUUAAUUUUGAGGAUUUCAUUUCUCA